UACGCUUCGGUGUUUCAAACCAAGCAAUCGGUGGUUGUUGUUUAAGGUGAAGCUCGCAUUAAUCAGAGCGAAGUGUGUGUCUUUCCACGUUAUAUUAAUAAUAGUAAUCCUUAUUCAGCUGCCAGUCAACUAGGCAGAUCUUUUGAAAUCGACGUAAUGUUUUGACUGUCGCCAUUCAUCGAACCAGCUCUGACGAUAUCUCUAUAGACUCUCAAUAUCCCUUUAGCUCCUGUAGUCAUAUGGCACAACAAACUUAGGGUUAUCGUUUCGGAUUUCAGGGUUCGGUUCAUAGCAUGGAGCACACUAAGAAAACAGUUUUUCCAGAUGACUGGGAGGACGAGGAACGGAUGAACUUCUUGUUCUCCGACUUCAAGGAGAACCGAGAGGUCCAACCCUCCGACUGGGACAGUAAGAUGGAAUUCUGGACCUCGCUGGUCCUGCAGACUUGCAGGACGCACGGAGCCGUGAGUCUGAGCCUGAAGGAACUCGACGCAGCUUUCAAGAGGAACGGACGGCUGCCGCUGGGCUUGACCACGGUCAUCCAGAGCAUGGCCAGGUGUGGGAAGCUGCAGAGAGAGUCUGAGUUCGCUGCCAAUGUAGACUCAGGCUGGCUGUCCUGGGGUGUCGGGGUUCUACUGGUGAAGCCUCUGAAAUGGACCUUCUCCACCCUUCUAGGGAGUAGCCUGGUAUCACAGGAUGAGUCUUUUGUUGUGAUAGAGCUAGUAAAGGAGAAGGCAGCGGACCUGCUGGAAGCCUACAGGAGCAGUGCCUUCUCCGGCCGCUCGCUCCUGUCCUUCCAGGAGCUGAGCGAGCUCUGUUCUGAGGUCUGCCCUGGAGAGAGCUCCCUGUGCCUGGCUCUGCUGCAGCUGCAGAGGGAGAAGAGGUGUACUGUCUCAGUGCACGAGGGGGAGAAGAUAGUGAAGUUUUCCCGGCCAGGGCAGUGCCGGGUUUCCCCUGUGAGCGACGUGGAUGUUGGGAUCUACCAGCUUCAGUGCAGCGAGAACCUGCUGGGGGAACGAAUCAAAGUCCUCGGCCUGGAGGCAGACAAGUGCAGAGAGGAAGCGAGGAUGCUCCUGCGGGACAGGAAGAAAUCUCAGGCCUUGAGAUGUCUGAGGGGACGCAAGAGGGUUGAAAAGAGAGCGGACAACCUGUUUGCCCAACUUGAGACCAUUCGAGGUAUACUGGACAGAAUCGCCCAAUCACAGACCGAUAAACUGGUUAUGCAGGCGUAUCAGACUGGGGUGGCCGCCCUGCGACUGGCAUUGAAAGACGUCACAGUGGAAGGGGCAGAGAGCCUCGUGGAUCAAAUCCAGGAGCUGUGCGAUGUUCAAGAGGACGUGAACCAGACUUUAGCGGGCGUGGCCACUUCAGACGAAAAUGUGGACGAGUUGGAGGAAGAGCUCAAAGCCCUGAUGGAGGACGCUGACGAGAUGACGGACCGCCUCCCGGGCGUCCUGCCGGAGGUGCCCCACAACCCCCUGGUACCGCCCAGGGAGACGGCCCAGGGAGGUAGCUCCCUGCUGGCCUCCCUGCCCGACGUACCGACCAAUACCUUCAACAUCAGCGACCAGCAGCUGGAGGAAGAGCUGAAUCGUUUAACCCUCAGAGACUCAGACUUAGGACAGAAGAAGAGGCUGGAGCCGGCGCUGUGAGGAACCAUGUUGAAACACGUUGAGAGAGUUUCAACAAGUCUCUCAGUCAACUAUAAGCAGUUAUUUUAUUCUCUUAAAAAAAUGCCAUUGCUGAGUCCUCAAAAAAUUACCACAAGCUGAAAUUAAGGGUUCAAUGGAUGUUAAGUUUAAAUACAAACACUGUGGCACUUUGAUCACUGAACUGAAUAUGGUAUUAUUCCAUCAUGGGGUUUUAAGUGACUUGUUUUGAAUAGUGAACCUGUUAUAAUGUUUCCCAUUCAUUUUCAGCAUGGACAAGGUUUCCAUGCAUAAAAAGUAAUAGCAUUUAAGUGAUAUUUUCUGUGAUAUACUGUCUGCAAUAUUGUAUGAACAGUACUUUUGUAUUGUAAGUGGCCUUCAUAAAUUCAGAUAUACCUUAAAAUAAAGAUACAUUUCAUGCCAAUUUAGGUUUUGAUUGCCAAUAGAAAUAAAAAUAUUUUAA